UAAAACUACCACUGAAGACAGGACUUCCCACGUUUCAGGACCCACAAGAGAGGAGCCUGUGUGUGGCUGGACAGGAACAGACAAAAUAUCACCAAGAAAAAAGCAGAGAGAAAAAAGAGAUCACCCCCCUUGGAUCCAGCAAUAAUCCUGGGGAGCACACAGGAUCUACCUGCCACGUGUCACCAUCAGCUGAAAAAGAAGUCCUCAAGGAAGGCACUGAAUGCUCUGGGCUGCAGGAGCAAUUGGCCCAGCUCCAGAGUGAGAACCUUUCUCUCUGCCAGCAACUGGAAGAGAUGCAGAUCCAGGAGCUCAUCAGAAAAAGCAUUGUGAAUGUGGCACAGGACUGGGUUAAUAACAUCUCCAAGAAUUUCAGUGCUGAUACUCAGAAGGAAGUUAACCUCCUGGAAGAGAGAAACAAGGAGUUAAAUGCUGAGUACAAUGAUUUAAGAGAGCAAUUCCUUAAAUAUGAGGCUGACAAAGCAGAAAGAGAGGGCACAAUCAGACAGCUGCAGCAGGAGCUUGCUGAUGCUCUUAGAAAGCUGGCUGUGGCAGAAGCUUCCCUGGAAGUUAACAUGUGCCACUGCAAGAACCUGGAGGAAACCAAACUGGGCUUGCAGAAGGAAUUGGAAGAGGUUAAAACCAAGUGUCAGCAGCUGGAAAAACGACGUCUUCAGUCUGAGGGCUGUGUUCAUGGCUUGAAGAUUGCCUUGGAAAUUGAGGAAAGAGACCAGAGAGUCUCUUAUCAGAGACUGCAGCUCCUGUUGGCAUCUUCUGAGAAUACUGCCAUGAAACAACUGGAAGAACGAGUGCAGUGCCUUGAAGCUCAAAGUGCCAGACUGGAAGCUACAGUCCAGCAGCAAAGCAGUAGAAUUGAGGCCCUUCAGAGAGACCUGCAAGGCUAUGCCCAGGAGCAGGCAGCCUCCAGGGACACCCUGGGACAGAUCAGAAACAGUGACCCUGACACACAGAGAAAGCAGCUGAAGCACAGAAUUAGAGAUCCUGAAUGUGACUUGAACAUAAAAAUUAUCCUUCAAGCAAGUACUGCUGGAACAGAAAAAUGUGAAAAGCUGCACCUGGAAGAAACAGAAAGAGGAAGAUGCCUGGAAGACAAAUUGGAAAGAGCUGCUGAGAAACUCCCAGAAGCCAAAACUCCUCUCCCUGUGAAGCCCAGAAGAAGGCAGCCUUCAGUCACUAGGAGCUUUCACAGUGGAGGUCUGGCUGCAAAUCCUGUUUGGUCUUCAGUGGAGCUGGGACAAUCCUGCAACACUUUGAGCAGACAGUCAAGACCAGGAGAAAGCUUCCCGAGUCCCUCAAUGAGUGCCUAUUUGUCAAGAAAGAAGCUUGCAGACUUUUUGAUUUGGACCACCCGGAAGCUGACAAAGAACAUCUCUGAAGAAAUUGAAAAUGCCACUGCUGAACUUGAAAAUAUGUAAGGGAACUUCUGCCAUAUUUAUUCCUGGACCUUCAGAAGAUUUUGAUGUUGACCAAACAGGAGUCCUGUGAUGUUGCAACCAAAAACUGCCCAAUUUUUGUGAGUCUAAUACACUUUAAGUUCCAGAUGUUUUUUGAAAUUGGUGUUUUGUAGACUUUCUCAGCUAGUACAUGUCUU